UGUAAACUCUCCACUGCUGUAGGAGCCAUGUGCCAUGUCCUGGGAAAGUCACCAGAAUCAGUGCAGAGGUGAUAACUACAGAGCUGUGGCCCUAGAACCUCCCAAUCAGAGGAGCUGCAGAGCUGGUAUACAUGCAGAAAUGGAGCAGGAUUGUGAGCAGUUUCUCUGUUGUUCAUAAUGAUGGCACUCAUUUUGCCAUGAAUAUCUUACAUUGUGGAGUUUCCACAGACAUGGAGUCUCUUCACAGCAAUCAACUCUAAGACAACAUUCAUCAGGGAGUUCCUUUCCUAAAACACAGUAUUGUUGCCAUCUAUUUAUCCUGCCUUCUGCAUGGUACAAGUUAAGCCUGUAUAGUUCAGAAGAGAGCAUCAAGUUUCAAAAAUUGAGAUGAAAAAUCUGUUGUGAAGUUUCAGGCAGGUCCUGGGAAACAACUUUGGAUUAUAGAAUGUUAUGAUGGCAAGUCUUUCAUCUGCUGAUAAGGUCUUAGAAAACAUCAGAAGAUUCAUGAAAAGGAGAAAACUUAUAAAUGGUCUGUUAAGAUUCAAGGAUGUAGCUGUGGACUUCUCGGAGGAGGAAUGGGAAUGUCUUGACACUGCUCAGAAGGGAUUGUACUUGAAUGUGAUGUUGGAGAAUUACAACAAUCUGUUAUUUGUGGGAAUUCCAGUCUUUGUUCCUAAGGCAGAAAGUCAGAGCAGAGCAAUAAGAAGAAUGACUGCUUCUCUGGUAACUGUGCCCCAGGGUCUGUUAACAUUCAGGGAUGUGGCUGUGGAAUUCACAAUGGAGGAAUGGGAAUGUCUCAGCUGUUCUCAGAGGGCACUGUAUAAAGAUGUAAUGAUGGAGAAUUACAUUAAUCUAUUCUUUUUGGAGAAUUAUCUUAAAUGUGAAAAGGCGUUAGAUCAAGGCACAAAUCGUAUUACCCACAAGCAUGUGACUAUCCAGGAAAAGUCUUGCAAAUGUACUGAACCUGUCAAAAUGAUUCAUGAAGCCUGCCAAGGUGCACCUUCCGGAACUAAACAUAAGGAUGAGUCUGUCAAAACAUCAAACCUAAACAGAAAGAAUAUUGGGAAGAAUGGAGAUGAACCUUGCAGAUUGGAGGACUGUGUAAACUGUUUGAAUGUAUGUUCCAUCAUUAGGCAAAAUGGAAGAAUCCACGUAGGAGAGAAAGAACCAAAUGCUAUGGAGUGUGAAAAUCUUUUUGACUCAGAACAUAAACUCAUGCUGAAACAAAAUAUUAAUAGUGGAAAGAAACCGCACAAUUGCAAGACAUGUAGUAAAUACUUUAAGAUGUACUCAAGUGUCACUAGACAUCAGAGAGCACAUACUAGAGAGAAAUCCUAUAAAUGCACAGACUGUAGUGAAUCCUUUCUGCAUUUAUCACAGCUCAAACUACAUGACAAACUUCAUUAUGGGAAAUAUCCUUGCAAAUGUGGUAAAUGCUUCUAUCAUAUAUCAGGCUUUGAAAGACACGACACUAUCCACCCUAGUGGGAAUACUUACAAAUGCAGUGAUUGUGGCAAAUCCUUUAUCUACUACUCACAAAUUCAAAAACAUCAAAGGAGUCAUACAGGAGAGAAACCUUACAAAUGUAGUGAAUGUGAGAAAUGCUGUCCCCAGAAAUACCAACUUACAAUUCAUCAGAGAAUUCAUACAGGAGAAAAACCUUACAAAUAUAUUGAAUGUGACAAAUUCUUUACUGCAAAAAGCAGUCUUAGAAGUCAUCAGAGAAUUCAUGCAGGAGAGAAACCUCAUAAAUGUAGUAUAUGUGACAUGUGCUUUACUCACAAAGUGAGUCUUAGUAGUCAUCUGAGAGUUCAUACAGGAGAGAAACCUUACAAAUGUAGUGCAUGUGACAAAUGGUAUACCCGGAAAAGCAGCCUUGUUAUUCAUCAAAGAAUUCACACAGGUGAAAAACCUUACCAAUGUAGUGAAUGUGAAAAAUCCUUUACUGAAAAAGGCAGUCUUAGAAGUCAUCAGAGAACUCAUACAGGAGAGAAACCUUAUAAAUGUAUUGAAUGUGACAAAUGCUUUACUCAGAAAUACCAACUUACAAUUCAUCAGAGAAACCAUACAGGAGAGAAACCUUACAAAUGUACUGAAUGCAAAGAAUGCUUUGCUGAGAAAGGAAGUCUCAGAAGUCAUCAAAUAAUUCAUACAGGAGAGAAACCUUACAAAUGUAGUGAAUGUGGCAAAUCCUUUACCCUGAAAUGCCUUCUUACAGCUCAUCAGAGAAUUCAUACAGGAGAGAAACCUUACAAAUGUAAUGAAUGUGGCAAAUGGUUUACUGAGAAAGGCAGUCUUAGAAGACAUCAGACAGUUCACACAGGAGAGAAACCUUACAAAUGUAAUGAAUGUGAGAGAUCCUUUACCCAAAAGAGCAGUCUUAGAAGUCAUCAGAAAAUUCAUACAGGUGAGAAACCUUACAAAUGUAGUAAGUGUGACAAAUGCUUUACCAAGAAAUCUCAGCUUACAGUUCAUCAAAGAGUACAUACAGGAGAGAAGCCUUACAAAUGUAGUGAAUGUGAGAAAUGCUUCAGCUACAAACACACCCUUAAAUGUCAUCAGAGAAAUCAUACAUGAAAUAAUACCUUACAAAUGCAGUGAAUGUCACAAGUGUGUUUCUUAGAAGGGCAGUAUUAGAAGCUAUGAAAGAAUUCAUACAGAGGAGAAACCUUACAAAACUAGUGAAUGUGACAAAUGUUUUAUUGAUAAAGACAGAUUUAGAAGUCAUCAAGGAAUUGAUGCAGGAAAAAUACCUUACAAAUGCAGUAAAUAUGAUAAAUAUGUUACCCAGAAAUAUUAUCUUAUGGUUCAUAAAAGAAUUCAUACAACAGAGAAACCUUAGAAAUGUAGUGCAUAUGAAAAGUAAAAAGCUUCUAGUAAAAGCUCUUCUAGAAAACAUUAGAAAAAUCAUACAGGAGAGAAACAUUACAGAUGAGGUGAGUGGAACAUAUUCAUUACCCAGAAAAACAGUCUUAGAAAUCAUCAGAGUGUUCAUACAGGAGAGAAAUGCUAUGUGAUUGCUUGUAUAUGCUUGGCCCAGAGAGUGGCACUAUUUGAAUGUGUGGCCAUGUUGGAGUAUUGCCUCAUGGUGUAGGUGUAUCACUGUUGGCAGGAGCUUUAAUGCACUCAUCAUAGUGGCCUGGAAGCCAGUCUUUUCUUGUUUGCCUUCAGAACAAGAAGUGGAUCUCUCAGCUCCUUCAGCUGCAGGUCUGCUGAGAUAAUGCCAAGCAUCUCUUUCAUGAUAAGGGACUGAACCUCUGAAUGUGUAAGCCAGCCCUAAUUCUUGUUCUUGUUCUUGUAAUCUUGUACGUUAUAAGAGUUGCCUUGGUUACGGUGUCUGUAUCACAGGAGUAAAACCAUAAUCAAGAUACAUUGCAAAUGCUGUGAAUGUGUCAAAUGCUUUACCUGGAAAAUCCAUCUCAUAAUUCAACAGAAAAUUCAUACAGGAGAGAAACCUUACAAUUGUAGUGCAUGUGGCAAAUGUUUUACCUUUAAAGACAGUAUUAGAAAACAUCAGAUAAUACAUAAAAAAGACAAACCUUACCAAUUAAAUGAAUAUGACAAGGUCAUUAUCAGGAAAGACUAUUAGAACUCAUUAGAGAGCUAUAAGGGAAACCUUAUAAAUGUAACAAAUAUGAGAAAUGUUUAUUUUAAAAUAACUCUUCAAAUUCAUCUGAGAAUUGAUACAGGAAAGAAAGUUUACAAAUUCUGUGAAUGUGACAAAUCCAUUCCUGAGAAAGACCAUCUAAAAGGCAUCAGGGUGCUCAUGCAGAAGAGAAGCCUUACAAAUGUAGUUAAUGUGACAAAUUUUUUGCCCUGAAACCUAUCUUAGAAUUCCUCAGAGAAAUGCAGGACACAGAUGGUGGCUUAGCAUAGACCUCCACUAUUGGUACUUUGUACAUUUGUCAGGAACAAUAGAAUCAAACAGCCUUGGUGAAGACUCUAGAUGAAAAACAAUGUUGAGAGGUGGAAGAACAUCUUUAGAGGGAAAUAAAGCAGCAGGCAGGGCUGGAAGGACCACACUGAAUAAGAGUGGACGGGGUAAGAACUCUUCUAAUGUUGCAUGCUUUGUAUGAAAUACUCUCAGGAUUUUCCCCAUUUAGUAUUAUUAUAUUGGCUAUUGAUUUAUCAUAUAUAGUCUUUAUUGUUCUGAGAUAUAUUCCUUAUAUAAUUACUUCAGUGAUUGUAUUAUGAUCAUGUUGAACUUUGUCUUAUGCCAUUGACAUCUAUUAAAAUGAUCAUAUAAUUUCUGUCCUUGA